AUGAGCUCUGGUUCCACCUUUUCGUUUGCCGGAAGCUUCGCUGUAGAGGCGGGAUCCGCGCAGCGAAAGCACCAGCAGCAUGUCGGUGAACUCGCCCGAGAAAAAAAAACGGAGAAGAAAGGCUACCUGGUUAUUUUUAUCAGUUUCCCUUAUUUUGCGAUGAACUGUGCCGGGUUGUGCUGUGUUCAUGAAGUUGCUUUUGAAGGCGCGAAAUGCAUGUCCACAUCUGAAGCUGGCCCUUCACAAAUUAAACAAGGAGAAGCAAAGGGGCCUCCAGAGAAUGAGGCUCGGUUCAUAUCGUUGAUGUUGGACCAAGUUAUCCUGGGGAAGUGCAUCGGGCAGAAGUUCAAACAAUGCAAUUGGAUGGAGAUCCAAGAAAAACUGAACGAUAUAUGUGGUCCUGAGUAUUAUUACGAGAUAACACAAAUCACGAGUAAGCAUGAUCGAUUGAAGCAGCAUUGGCAUCGGUUCUACAAUAUGGUUAAUAAAGAUACGGGAUUCAGAUGGGAAUCUUCCACUGGGAAGAUCACAGGCGGUGAUGAACUUUGGGCCCAGUGGAUCACGAUUAGUGCACUUGUUCCAUUUAUUGUCCAA